CUACCAAUUCAGAUCUUAUAUCAACAUGUCUUCCUUAUUCCAUUAUCUUGGAUGAUCAAAAUGUUUUUCUUAGAGAAUUCAAACUCCUUAAUCGAAGCUAGUGGAAAUGGUUCAAAUUUCGCGCAGCAAGGUAGUCUUGACUGGGUCGCGUUGGGAAGGACGCAGUACUCGGCCUCGAUCGCAGUUCUCGGGCGUUUGGCCAAAGCUGGAAUUGAUUCAUUGACAGUCGCCUUUGGACAAGCCUUGUGCUUGAGACUUCCGAUCGGGUCACAUGGCGAGAAGGUACUUGCGGAAUCCAUGAGCAAGUUAACCGCAAAAUCCAUCGGAGCGGAUUUGAUAUGGUUUGGAAUCGGAGUUCGACACAUCUUACGGGAAAUGGUACAAACCUCCCAAGGAUGCUCUCUUGUGGCCCUCUGCGCGGCACUCACCGAGUCCCACUCGACUGCUGUCAGUGCAUUGGUGUUAUACGAGAUUGCCAAGCAGUGUGGAGGACCCCCGGAGCUGGCCCCUUCACUGGAGCAAUGGGAGGCUUUGAUCCGAGUCACAGCAUCCGUGUUCAACCAAACGACCUUCGGGCUGCGCAUCUCGCAAAUCGCAAAGUUUUCGGAGUCUCAAAGCAGGACGAUUCCGAAUCUCGCUCCCAACCCCCACCCAACAGAUCUUGCGAAGCUAUUACUCGAAAUCGGCCGUAUUACCGAAGGCUCCCUGCAGAGUAUCUCAAUUCAAGGAGGAUGUUGCUGUAGUUGGAUCGCUGCGUGGGCAGAUUUUCUGCUGGGUUUGAGAGUGCUUGUACGCGACUCGCAAGGCACCGUCGUCUACGCCAACUUCAACGUCCAGGAGACCUAUGCACAAGUCAACAUCGCUUUCUUACACCAAGAUGAAGGGCGCAUGCUUGUUGUCCAAACUAGUCAUGUCCUACGAUCCGGAACUGAGUUCAUACAGAAGAGCUUUGGCAGGCAACGGCUGUCUACAAUUUGGGGAGCUGACUACAAGUUCUCCUGCGGACGAGUUCAAUGGGAUACGAUGUUUUCAGACACUUUUGGACCCAGCUUCCAAAUACUAUUUGGCCGCACCAACAGCUCUCCUUCGUCCUCGUUUGGACCAUUGGAGUCGCAUGCCCCCGACCUAUUCCUGGAGUAUCCUCAGAUCGUUGAACGAAUAUUUGCUCUAGCAGCCAUUUUACUCGUUAACAGCAAUGAAAGCUCGGUUUGUGCUACGAGUGCGAGCCGCUAUUGCAUGCGUGCCAUGGGCAGUAUCCCCGAACUACGACAGUGGGGUACACCUACACUAUCCGCCAUCCAGGUCUUCUGCACCAUAUACGGUGGCGAAAAGCUGAUGUUGGACUGUUUCCAUGACGUUACUACUGGAGAGACUUCUACAUCGCUGAAAAACAUAGCGUAUGAAUUCAUCCAAUACAUGCACAAGUUAGGUGCGCUCUGCGGCUGUGCAGUGCACAAGAAACACCUUGACGGCACUUCCAACGGCCAAAUGUGCUUGACGAGACUGGCACUGACGAUACUUCGGGCGAUGGUACUUCUAGAUCAUGUCGUUCUUGACACGCCCAUUCAACCGACUUUCCACGGACUGUAUUCUUUAUUCCACUCCACGGCAGGAAAGGAGCACUGGCCGGAUACACCCAGCCCAGAAGCAAUUACACGGGACCUGGAUUAUACCGUCAUUCAGACCUGUAGCCAAGCUUUCUCUACAACAGCAGCGAUGUUCUCAUCUGCCGAAGACUGGGCGUUUGAUAUUUUCGGCGUGGUGGCGCAAAGCGACGGCAAGAUUUAUUGUUAUACUCAACUGCUCGAGGGACUCACCGACGACCCGCAAGAAGCAUUCAAGAUACACGUCGGGUCCGGUCAAAUCGAGUACCUUUCUCGCCCUUACCGUGCUGUAUACGACACUAGUGGGCAGCAAGAAGCAUUCCUCGGAUCUUCUGCGCGGAAAGUCGAGGUCGUGGAAUCCAUCGAUAGUCUUGCAUCCGACACAACGUCGCCUCGCAUCGAGUCGCAAUUAGUUGUCGACGAGGAACCAACACAUCUGUGCGUGAGACAUCGCAUAAGUACGGACUCGGGACACACGUUCAUUUCCCCAUCAGCUUUCUACGAGCAGCUACAAAACGCGACUUGUUACAAAAGGCUCUCAAGGAUUCCCGAGCACGAACAUGCGAGCUGGAGCGCUGUGUUGAGCGGCGGCUUCAAGUACAUUCUGGUCCACGGGGAAGGAUUGGUGGUUCGCUCCCGCAGAUGCCAUAUGCUGCGACCUCAUAGAGGGAAUCUGCUGGGCAGAUGCGUGGCGCUGUCUCGAACGAAGGAUCACGUCGCACUUGUCAAGACCGAUGAAGAUCUCAAGAUAUUCGCGAGGUACUGGGCACGCCUGCGCGAUGAGGAUUUACAAUCAUCUAAGCCGCUGACAUACUUUGUGUUGAUUUCGUAG